UAGAAGAAGUAGACGGAGUAAAACGUGUAUCAGCUGAGCUGGCUGAUGUGAAAACCUUAUCUCAUAAUACGUGAUAUUAGACCAUAACGACGGGUUAUUGAGAUGGAGAAUGACAUUCUCGUCUCUCUUGAAGAUUUAGGGUACCAAGGCCCUCUUUUGGAGGAAGGAGCGCUGGAUUCUGCUGUGAUCAAUGGAGCAGCUUCACCUGAGUAUACUAAGCUCUGUGCCUGGGUUGUAUCUGAGCUUAGACUUUACUGUAAGCUGGAGGAAAAUGUCCACGCCACCAACUGUCCGAGUGAGGCAGAAAGCUUCCAACUGGAGAUGAGUGGUCUGCUGUCAGAGCUCGCCUGUCCUUACGCUGUCCUCACCAGCGGAGACAUCUCCCAGAGGCUCCUCAGCAGGACCGACUGUCUGCUCCUCCUCACCUUUCUGGUGUCGGAGUUGGAGUCGUCAAGAAUGAUCCUGGUUAAUAAGCCUGAGAAGAAAGCCCAGGACUCAGGUAGCCCUGAGUUCAUGGAACUGAAGGGCAUCUGCAUGUCACUGGGCAUGUCUAAGCCUCCAGCCAACAUCACCAUGUUCCAGUUCUUCAGUGGAAUUGAAAAGAAGCUGAAAGAAGCAAUAAGUAAAGUCCCUCCAAAUCACGUCGGAGAGCCUUUGAUGAAGAAAGCCCUUGGACCUGUGCACAUGGAAAAAAUUGAAGCCAUAAACCAAGCUCUUGUAAAUGAGUAUGAAGUGAGGAGAAAAAUGUUGUUGAAACGUCUGGACGUGACAGUGCAGUCUUUCGGAUGGUCAGACAGAGCAAAGACGCAUGCUGAAAAGUUGUCCAAAGUGUACCAGCCACUACGCUCUGCCCUCUUGACAAAAAGUAUAGUAUCUGUUGCACACCUUCUUGCUGCUCGACAAGACUUCUCCAAGAUUCUACGCACAAGCAGCGGAAAGAUAAGAGAGAAGUCUGCUUGUGCCAUUAACAAGGUCCUCAUGGGCCGAGUACCUGACAGAGGAGGACGUCCCUGUGAGAUUGAACCUCCACCUCCAGAGAUGCCCUCGUGGCAGAAGCGCCAGGAUCCUCCUCAAGGUGGAGGACACUAUGGCGGCGGUGGGCAUGGAGGUGGAAGAGGGGGCUAUGACCACUACUCCCAAGGUGGCCGUGGAGGAUAUGAGAGAGGAGGACAUGGAGACAGGGGUGGCAGAGGAAGAGGUGGAAAGGUGCAAGGAGGGUGGGGAGAAGGAGGCGGGGGAGGGAGAGGCAGUUACAGCCAGGGCCACUUUCAAGAUGCAGGAGGUUAUCAGGGGGGAGGAGGGAGAGGUGGGCACGGAGGAGGAGGAGGAGGAGGGAACCACCAAGGAGGCCUCCAGGACCCUGGCUACCAUGCAGGAGGGGGAGCUGGAGGCGGUUACCAUGACAAUUUCCAUCAAGAUGGUGGAAGGCAUCAGGAGAGAGGCGGGAGUCGAGGAGGUCGAGGGGGCAGGGGAAGAGGCCGAGGAGGAGGAGGAGGAGGAGGAGGAGGAGGAGGAGGAGGAGGGGGACAAGGAGGAGGCUGGGGAGGGAGAGGUGGCCAGAAUUUUAACCAAGGGGGGCAGUUUGAACAGUUCUUCCAACAUGGUGGUCAAAAUUUCAACCAAUCUGGUUUUAAUCAAGGCAGACACUACACAAGUUGAAGACAAAGUGUGGGGCAUUGCAGCAGAGUCCACUCAAAUAUCGACUGCUCUUAAAUGCCUUAUUGUUCAAUCUCUAAUUUUGAGCAUGUUUAAAAGUUGACUAAAAUGUUGAAUGAGAAAAUACACACAUACAGAUGCUGUGGACACCCUCUCCAGUGGUUUUGGAGUUCUUGCUUUUACUACAGAGGGCACUUCUAAAGUAGUUCUUUACGUUUGUUUCAUACUGGAUGUGUUACUGUUUACUUUUUCUUCACAAUCCAAGUAUUCAAGCCAACAGCGCUGUUGCUAAUGAUUAGUCGAUGAACUGGGCUCUGCUGUCUUGACCUCAUUUUGACACAAAAUUAGCCUUAUAUUGAACUUAAUUUUUGGGGAAAUACAGAAAAGUUGCUAAGAUUGUGGUGUAGGUGCACUCACUAUGUAUUAAACCUUUAAAGUGCACAUCAUUACAUGUGGGAUUCUUAAAAUCCUUAAUAGUUCCAUUGAAUUUGAAGAUUACUUGAAAACAUAGUUUCAGUCUUUAUUUUGUUUCUGUAGAUUGGACUGGAAUCUCCUUUGUUAUUUAUUCAGAAGAUAUCAUCCUGUUCUGCUAAUGGAAGAUUGUGUGCAUACAAAUAUGGAUGUUGGAAGGUUUGCAUGGUUGUGUGAAUGAGCAAUAAAAUCUGAGAUGAGAGCAAUAUCA